AUUCCAGUCACCCCUCACCCUGCUGCUGCACCGUUGCGGCGUUGAAGUCGAGGGUCGGUGCUUAUCCGGCGGCGCUGGAUCGCAGAGCCGCCACCGCCACAUCGCAGCGCGAAAAUCAUGUCCGUAGUCUACGGCCGCUUCGCUUUCCGCGUCCUUUCUUCCUUCCCCUUCCGCAACUCGUUCCUCCGCCGCCGCGGCCUCACCCACCUCCUCUACUUCACCAGCGGGGCUGCUCCAGCCGACUCCGCCAAGCCGACCGCAAGAGCCGCAACACUCUCGCCUGGAAAUAACUCCCUUUCCCCAACUCCGUUCUCCCCCAACCUCUCCGUCUCCUCUGUCGAAUCCCUCACUGCCCACCAGAAGGACCAGAUCUCUCUAUACGUCCGCACCCUGCUCCAAUGGAAUGAGAAAAUGAACCUGACGGCGGUGACCGAGGAGAGCGAAGUGAUGACAAGGCACGUUGAGGACUCGCUAGCUAUCCUGCCGCCUCUGCAGCGAUCUUACCUAUCUCAUUGUGCAAAAUCAACUUCUUUGGAGGGGCUCAAUGUUGUCGAUGUCGGUUCUGGUGCAGGCUUACCUGGAAUGAUACUUGCCAUUGCCUGUCCUAGUUGGAAAUUCACUCUUUUAGAGUCAAUGAAGAAAAGAUGUUAUUUUUUGGAGCACAUCGUGACUCUUAUAGGCCUGUCAAAUGUGCAGAUCUUAUGUGAAAGAGCAGAGAGCGUUGGGCAGUGUGCUGAUUUCAGGGAGUUAUUUGAUGUAGCAGUGGCAAGAGCUGUUGCAGAAAUGAGAAUUUUGGCUGAGUACUGUCUUCCAUUGGUUCGUGUUGGUGGCUUGUUUGUUGCUGCAAAAGGUGCAGAUCCUCAGGAAGAAGUGAAAAGAGCUGAGAAUUCAAUUCAGUUGUUGGGUGCUUCGAUCCUAGAGUUGUGCACAGUGGAGUCACAUAGCCCAAAAGGACAACGAACUAGCGUGAUCUGUGUGAAAGACCGUGCAACUCCGAGAAAGUAUCCUCGUCAAGCUGGUACUCCAGCAAAAUUGCCGUUAUGACUUUAUGAGCAGUUGGAUCUCUUAACAUUUAUAAAAUUAUUUGAAAUUUGUACUGCUGUAUCACCAAAAAUAUAUAGUGAAGUCCAAUCUCAAGAAUCACAAUUGCAGAUCAAAGUCACAUGAAGCAAAUCAUAGAGCGAAUGACGAGACUGUUAAAAUUUCUUGCAAGAUAUUGCCAAGUAACUCUGCCUUGGAUGACACCAAAAGAACGACUUCUGCCCGCUUUGAUUGAUCAACUACCUGCAGUCAUUUGCACAAUUUGGCUUCUUUUUGGUUGACUGUGAAACAGGCCACUGGGUGGCUUAUCGAAUAUUCUAAUUCAAUUAUAUCUUUAUUAGCCAGCAAUUGACUUUGGCAUGGCAUUUGUAGUUCAAAUGUGUGUUUAAAAAUACAACUGUGAUGAAAAAUUAUAAUCGUUACAGUGAUUGAGUUUUUCUAAAA